AUGGAGUCGUCCUGGCUGGAGACGCGCUGGGCGCGGCCCUUGUACCUGGCCUUCGCCUUCUGCCUGGCCCUGGGGCUGCUGCAGGCCAUCAAGCUCUACCUGCGGAGGCUGCGGCUGCUGCGAGACCUGUGCCCCUUCCCCGCGCCCCCCACCCACUGGUUCUACGGGCACCAGAAGUUACUUCAGGAUGGUAAAAUAGAGAAACUUGAGGAGCUUGUUGAAAAAUACCCUUGUGCCUUUCCUUACUGGGUUGGGCCUUUUCAGGCAUUUUUCUAUAUCUACGACCCAGACUACGCAAAGACAUUUCUGGGCAGAACAGAUCCCAAGUCCAAGUACCUGUACAAGUUCUUGAUUCCAUGUCUUGGAAACGGACUAGUGAAUCUGGAAGGAUCCAAGUGGUUCCAGCACCGCUGCCUACUAACUCCUGGGUUCAAUGUUAACAUCUUGAAAUCAUACAUCAAGGUGAUGGCCCAUUCUGUGAAUACAAUGCUGGGUAAGUGGGAGAAGAUUUGUGGCACUCAGGACACAGUUGUGGAGGUCUUUGAGCACAUCAACCUGAUGACCUUGGAUGUACUGAUGAAAUGCGCUUUCAGCCAGGAGACCAACUGCCAGAUAAGCAGCAACCAUGAUCUUUAUGUUAAAACAACGUUUGAAGCCAGUAAAAUAAACUUUUACCGCUUGUACAGUUUCUUACAUCACCAUGACAUAAUUUUCAAAUUCAGCCCUCAGGGCCAUCGCUUACAGGAGCUGGUCAAAAUUCUCCAUCAGUACACAGAAAAGGUAAUCCAGGAUAGAAAGAAAUUACUCAAAGAUGAGAAGAAGCAUGGCAACACUCAGAAACGGAAGGACCAGGAUUAUCUGGAUAUUAUCCUUUCUGCCCAGGCUGAAAAUGGCAACAGCUUCUCAGAUACUGACCUACGGUCUGAGGUGAACACAUUCAUCUUGGCAGGGCAUGACACCAUGGCAGGGAGCAUUUCCUGGCUCCUCUACCACCUGGCUCUGAACCCUGAGCAUCAGGAGAGAUGCCGGCAGGAGAUCAGGGGCAUCCUGAGGGACAGGUCUUCUAUCACAUGGGACCAGCUGGGUGAGAUGUCGUAUACCACCAUGUGCAUCAAGGAGUCACUCCGACUGGCGCCUCCAAUCCCAUCCAUUUCCAGAGAGCUCAGCAAGCCCAUUACCUUCCCAGAUGGACGCUCCUUGCCUGCAGGAAUAACCGUGGUUCUCAGUAUUUGGGGCCUUCACCAUAACUCUGCCAUCUGGGAAAACCCAAAGGUCUUUGACCCCUUGAGGUUUUCUCAGGAGAAUUCUGAUCAGAGACACACCCACUCCUUCUUACCAUUCUCGGCUGGACCAAGGAACUGUAUCGGGCAGCAUUUUGCCAUGGUCAAGCUAAAGGUGGCCAUUGCCUUGAUUCUGCUCCACUUCAAGGUGUCUCCAGACCCCACCAGACCUCUUGUCUUCUUGCACCAGAUUGUCCUCAAACCCAAGAAUGGGGUCCACUUGCACCUGAAGAAACUCCCCUAA